AUGUCUUUGACCGAGAAAAAACGACGAGAUUUGUUGACAGCACCGGAAUGGACAAUUUAUGAAGCACGUCGAUUGGCUAUGGGUCAGUUAAUAUGCAAAUUCUCUGAGCCAUAUCUUCAUGCAUGGAUAGAUGAACAGUCUCCAGAAUCAAAUUGGCUCUCUUAUUGGUACAAACGGCGACGCUUUAUUCCAUGGUUCAUUAAAGCCAAGUUUUUAUUGACAAUUGAAGUACUGGAAAAACUUUUCAACUAUCCUAUGUUCCGUGUAAUAAUCCACAUAGACUAUCUGCUAGUAUUCUAUACGUAUUGGCAAUAUAUUGUUAUCAUGUAUGGCUACGACGAAAGCAGACUCUAUAUAUUUUUCGCUUUGGUUCUUUUUACAUUAUUGCCCGUCCUCAUUUUAAACCCGUAUGAAAUGAAAUCGAUUUAUCGAUUCGUUAUGUUUUUAACUAUAGCAGCACUCAUGGACUUGAUUAAUCUCGUGUUUGGUCAACGUUGGGAUACACUUGUACACUAUCAAGCUGCUGCUUGCCUAUGCGAAAGCCAAACAUCGUGUGUGCGUAGAAAUGGUCUAUGCCAUAUUUAUUCCAUCUUGGAUUCAAAAGGCUUUCUAGGAGGCGCUCUAAGAAACACAGCCAUAUGCAAGUUCGAUUUCGCUCGGUGGUGUUUUGGUGUUAUCAUAUUUUCUGCAUUAGUGUUGUUUUCAUUUAUUAUAAACAAAAUCCUCAGAUAGAUUGUGAACCAGUUCAAAUCGAAAAUGAAUCGGCCUAUUUGCUAACAAAAAGACAAAUUAAUCUGCUACUAUCAAAUUUUGCUUUUUACGGUGUGGGUGGACGUGGGUGGGGGUGUGCAUGUGGAUCUCGGCUCGGAUGUGAGUGUGCGGGUGAGGGUGUGGAUGAAUGUCGAUGUGGAUGGGUGUGGCUGUGGCUGUGGGUGGGUGUGGGUGUAGUUGCGGGUGGGUGGGUGUGGGUGUAGUUGCGGGUGGGUGGGUGUGGGUGUGCG